AAAUCAUCACUAAAUUAAUAAAUAAGCCCAACAACUAUCUUAUGCUAUCUAAACCCAUUAGAAAUAUUAAUAGGCCUAUCAAAACUUCAGGCCCAGUAUUUUGCAAGCCCAAUUAGAUUAAAUAAAUAAAACAAAUUUUCUUAAAAAGAAAGCAGAUUAAUCUCUCUCUAUCAUUUACGUAAAUUCUCUCUAUUUCUGCGUUCUCUCUCUUUCUCUGCUCUUUACCGUCCCUUUCUCUCUCCCUUCGCCCCUCUCUGCCGGCUCCCUUCUUCCCCAUCUCACCGGGACGUCGCUGGUUCUCGCCGCCUCCGGCGCGGCGAGGCAGGCCCCUGUUCUUCCCCCUUCUUCCUUUAUCUUCUCUUCCCCCAAUUUCCCAGGCUACCACUACUUAGGGUUUUGAAGUUUCCUCUUUUAAAUCUGCUCCUCCGGUGAACUCCACCGCCACCGCCGCCGUUCCCGUCGCGGGAUUGUUUUUUUCACCCACUUUGUGGUUGAUAUUAUUCUACAUGGAAGCCAAAUUCUUCCGCUUUCUUAAGAUUGUUGGAGUUGGUUUCAAAGCAAGAGCAGAGGCUGAAGGCCGUCUCUUAUACCUAAAGCUUGGUUAUAGCCAUGAGGUGGAACUGGCUGUGCCUCCUGCAGUUCGUGUAUUCUGCUUCAAAAACAAUGUAGUAUGCUGCACCGGGAUUGACAAGGACAGGGUGCAUCAAUUUGCUGCUGCUGUUCGUAGUUGUAAGCCCCCUGAGGUCUACAAAGGCAAAGGUAUUAUGUACAUUGACGAGGUCAUAAAGAAAAAGGAGGGGAAGAGAUCAAAAUAACAAGCUCUCAUGCUCGCACUUCUGCAUAUGCUACUCUACAUUUAAUAAGUUCAAUAUACAAGAACGCAAAUUUGUGUUGUGGCUGGAAUGUUGUUUUUCAUUCAGGAGAAACUUUUAACAUGUUUCCAUAUUUGCAAUGGUUCAUGACAUUGUUUUAUAUGAAGCCUUUAACAGACUGCA